AUGCUCGCUGCUCGUACUACCAUUUCCAAGGCUGCGCUGCUCACGCGGCAGCUCGCUACUUCCAAGCUGGGCAAGACGGCCAGCAAGCCGAUGCGCGCAUACUCGCGGCUGGCAUCGGCUGGGGCGGCACUGGCAGCGGCCAGCCAGCCCAUGAUCGGGGCUCGCGCGCAGUACGUCGGGCGCCGCAACUUUAGCGGAGCCCAGGUCCACCACUCGAACGACGCGGUGUCGGCGGCGUCGGCGCUGGCGCGAACUGGCGCCAAGCUCGAUGUCAAGAAGGUGCUCGUUGUUGGGUCGGGUGGACUCAGCAUUGGGCAGGCGGGCGAGUUUGACUACUCGGGCUCGCAGGCCAUCAAGGCGCUGAAGGAGUCGAACAUUGAGACGGUGCUGGUGAACCCGAACAUCGCCACAGUGCAGACGUCCCACGAGCUGGCGGACCACGUCUACUUUUCGCCGGUGACGCCGGAAUACCUGGCGCAGGUCAUCGAGAAGGAGCGGCCGGACGGCAUCAUGCUGGCGUUCGGCGGACAGACGGCGCUCAACUGCGGAGUGCAGCUGGACAAAAUGGAGGUGCUGGACAAGUUCAAGGUGCGGGUGCUGGGCACGUCGGUGCGCACGCUGGAGCUGUCGGAGGACCGCGAUCUGUUUGCCAGCGCGCUGAAGGACAUUGGGAUUCCGGUAGCGCAGUCGACGGCGGUCAACACAGUGCAGGAUGCGCUGGACGCGGCGCAGCAGAUCGGGUACCCGGUGAUUGUGCGGUCGGCGUAUGCGCUGGGCGGGCUGGGGUCAGGAUUCGCAGGCAGCGAGGCGGAGCUGCAGGCGCUGGCGAGCCAGAGUCUGUCGCUGUGCCCGCAGAUUCUUGUCGAAAAGUCGAUGCGGGGGUGGAAGGAGGUCGAGUACGAGGUGGUGCGUGAUGCGCAGGACAACUGCGUGACGGUGUGCAACAUGGAGAACUUUGACCCGCUGGGCAUCCACACCGGCGACUCGAUCGUGGUGGCGCCGAGCCAGACGCUGAGCGACGAGGAGUACCACAUGCUGCGCACGGCUGCGAUCAAGAUUGUGCGGCAUAUGGGCGUCGUCGGCGAAUGCAACGUGCAGUAUGCGCUGAACCCGGAGAGCCUGGAGUACUGCGUGAUUGAGAUGAACGCGCGACUGAGCCGCAGCUCGGCGCUGGCGUCCAAGGCCACGGGGUACCCGCUGGCGUUUGUGGCGGCCAAGAUUGGGCUGGGGUGGACGCUGCCGGAGCUGCAGAACAGCGUGACGACGACAACGACGGCGUGCUUUGAGCCGAGCCUGGACUAUGUGGUGACCAAGAUCCCGCGGUGGGACCUGAGCAAGUUCAACCAUGUGAGCCGCGACAUUGGAUCGUGCAUGAAGUCGGUGGGCGAGGUGAUGGCAAUUGGCCGCACGUUCGAGGAGAGCCUGCAGAAGGCGAUCCGGUCGGUGGACCCUGGGUUUGCGGGGUUUGCGCCGCUGGCCGAGUGCAUUCCGGCGAGCGAGCAGGAGCUGGAGCGCAUGCUGGCGAACCCCACCGACAGACGGCUGUUCUACCUGGCGUAUGCGAUGAUCGAGCGCGGGUACACGGUGGACCGCCUGCAUGACAUCACCAAGAUCGACAGGUGGUUCCUGCACAAGCUGGACAACAUCUGCAAGGUGCACCGGGCGCUGAAGGACCCGCACCAGACGCUGCAGAACCUCAACCGCAACGCACUGGAGAUGGCCAAGCGCACGGGGUUCUCUGACCAGCAGAUCGCCAAGCUGCUGUCGGCUGGCGGCAAGGGCAGCGUCAGCGAGGACAGCGUGCGUGGGCUGCGCGCGCAGUACGGGCUGCGGCCGUUUGCCAAGCGCAUCGACACGCUGGCAGGAGAGUUCCCGGCGCCGACCAACUACCUCUACAUGACAUACAACGCGUCAACAGAUGAUGUCAAGUUUGACGAGCACGGCACGAUGGUUCUGGGCUCAGGAGUGUACCGCAUCGGGUCGUCGGUGGAGUUCGACUGGUGCGGGGUGUCGGCGAUCCGUGCGCUGCGGGCGCUGGGGCACAAGACGGUGAUGGUCAACUACAACCCAGAGACAGUGUCGACGGACUUUGACGAGUGCGACCGCCUGUACUUUGACGAGCUCAGCUACGAGCGGGUGCGCGACAUCUACGAGGCGGAGCAGGCCAAGGGGGUGGUGGUCAGCGUGGGCGGGCAGCUGCCGCAGAACAUUGCGCUGCGCCUGCACCAGAACGACGUGCGGGUGCUGGGAACGGCACCGGAGAUGAUUGAUGCGGCGGAGGACCGGUACCGGUUCAGCAAGAUCCUGGACGACAUCGGCGUGGACCAGCCGGCGUGGAAGGAGCUGACCAGCGUGGGCGAGGCCGAGCAGUUUGCGGAGGCGGUCGGAUAUCCGGUGCUGAUCCGGCCGUCGUAUGUGCUGUCGGGGGCGGCGAUGAACGUCGCAUAUGACGCGGCAGCGCUGCGCAGCCACCUGGAGCUGGCGGCGUCGGUGAGCCCCGAGCAUCCGGUGGUGGUGACAAAGUUCAUCCGUGGGGCGCGCGAGCUUGACAUUGAUGCAGUGGCGCACCAGGGCGAGCUUUUGGUGCAUGCGGUCAGCGAGCACGUGGAGGACGCAGGGGUGCACUCUGGAGACGCGUCGCUGAUCCUGCCACCGGCGAAUCUGAGCGCGUCGGUGAUGGAUCGCGUCAAGGAGAUCGGGCAGAAGGUGGCUAAGGCGCUGGAGAUUUCUGGCCCUUUCAACAUGCAGAUCAUCAUGCAGAAGAACCCCGACAACGCCGGCUCUCCGCUGCUCAAGGUCAUCGAGUGCAACCUGCGGGCGUCGCGGUCGUUCCCGUUUGUGUCCAAGGUCACCGAUGUCAACUUUGUGGACUGCGCAGCACGGGCCAUCGUCGGCGAGGGAGUGCCGGCGCCGCGCGACCUGAUGAAGGGCGCCAGCGCGUGGCCGUACACAGCGAUCAAGGUGCCGCAGUUCUCGUGGACGCGCCUGGCGGGGGCCGACCCGUUCCUGGGCGUCGAGAUGUCGUCGACGGGCGAGGUUGCGUGCUUUGGCAAGACGCCAGAAGAAGCGUAUCUGGUGUCGCUGCUGUCAACCAACGGGUUCCGUCUGCCGCGUCCCGGCAAGGCCGUGUAUGUCGGCAUCGACGACCUGACCGAGCCGCGCAUUGUGCAGAAAGUGGCCAAGCACUUCAGCGACGCCGGGUACCCGAUCCUGACGGACGAGCCGGCGACGGCGGAUCUGCUGGUGCUGGGCGGAGUGCCCAGCGUCGACGUGGUCCGGUUCGACUACGAGGACCGACGCACGCUGCGCGACGCGGUGGCCAAGAGCAGCAUCGACCUGGUGGUCAACCUGGCCAAGCACCGGCCGGCCGACAAGAGCAACACCAGCUAUGCGAUGCGGCGCAUGGCGGUUGAUUUCGGGCUGCCGCUGAUCAACGACCAGCGCUGCGCUGAGAUGCUGGUUGAUGCGUUGGCCGCCCUGCCUGAGGGCACAGCGACGACGCUAUACGGCAAGGCCAAGCUGAACAUUGAGACACCGGUGGAUGUCAAGCGCUGGAGCGACUACCUUGGCAUGCGCAAGUGA